GGUCUUGUCACUGAAACAUUUUACUGCUGUUCACACUCACAUCUCACCUGAGAGUGUUACAUAAGAUGACAGGCCUUGUGCUUGCAUUCUGAAUGUGACUAAGAUAUUUGACACUUGGUUGCAGGGGUUGUUUUGGCUUGCGUUUCUAUGGACACCAAAACAAGUAGAGCAAGUCGAUUUUUUAAAAUGCUUUUCACAAUAGUCUUCUAACUGAAAAUGAUAAAUGGGAGCAGCUGGCCUAUGUAUUAUUCUCUGAAUAUGCAUUUCCUCAAAAGGAGUGCAAGCAACUUUUGGACGAAGUAAAUCCACUUAUUAUGACUUAAUGUUUAACUCCAACACCGUUACUAACAACCAGUCCACAAUGUCCCUGUUCAUUCCCUAAUGCUGUUUGUUGAUGGUAGCACAUGCUGCUUGUUGUCUCAAAAGCACCUUUCCUUUCUUCCCCACCUCUCCCUCAACACCCCUCCUGGUCCCUUUCCUCCUGUGAAUGAUGGGACUGCAGUGCUGGGCUUUGAUCAGCUGCUCUGGUGGGGAGUGCUGCUCAUUUCCAUCGGCUUGGCCCUGGUCAUCGCUAUCAUCGUUUGGUUUGUUGUCUGCCCUCGGCUCAAGAAGAAGAUCGAAUGUGAAGUAAAGUCUUCCAGUCCCACUGAGAGCCCUCUGAUGGAGAAGAGGGAGCUGCAUGAAGCUCACAGUCCCAUCCUGAAACCUGUCCCUGAGGAGUCCAGUGCCAUGCCCUCUAUCACCCCCUCGGCCCCUCCUCUUUCUGAGGAGCGCAGGGUCACCUUUGACAUCGGAGAUUCAGAUGACGCAGAUCAGAAGGACUGCAAAGAGUCAGAGUUGGGCAGUGCAGCUCCGAAGACUGCCCAUGCUCAUUUCACCACCGGCCCCACUCACAUUCCUAGCAAUGGUUACUCUCAGUACCACACAGUUCACAAGGACUCCGGCCUCUACAAGGACCUGCUGCACAAACUCCAUCUGGCAAAAGUGGGAGACUGCAUGGGGGAGGGUGGCGACCGGCCCAUCCGCCGCAACAACAGCUAUACCUCCUACACCAUGGCCAUCAUCGGUAUGCACGGAGACUUCAAGCCCAAAGAAGCUGACUUCCGUGGUUCUGAAGAUGGAGACAAGGAAAAUGCCAGUGCUCAUGAGAGGAAGCGCAUCCGCAUGGACAGCUACACGAGUUACUGCAAC